GUAUUUUAACUGGGCGUGACUUAAAAUCGGCACGCCUAUAAUUAUAUCGAAAACUGAACUGUGCAGAACAAUGGCGGUUCCUCGUGUGUUGGUGUAUGGGGGUAAAGGUGCCCUGGGCUCUGCUGUAGUGAACAUGUUCAAGACAAAGAAUUGGUGGGUGUGCUCUGUGGACCUGUUUGAGUGUGAGGCUGCUGAUUGCAACGUCACCCUCACUCCAACUGACAGCUGGACCAGCCAAGCAGAGGAGGUUUCUAGCAAAGUUGAUGGUGCACUAGGUGACAGUAAAGUGGAUGCCAUUGUGUGUGUAGCUGGAGGAUGGGCAGGUGGUAAUGCUGCUUCCAACGAGUAUGUGAAGAACUGCGAUCUGAUGUGGAAACAGAGUGUGUGGACAUCUGUGCUUGCGUCACAGAUUGCUGCUAAGCAUCUCAACAGUGGAGGUUUCCUGCUACUGACUGGCGCCAAAGCUGGUCUGGAAGGAACACCUGGGAUGAUCGGAUACGGGAUGGCAAAGGCAGCUGUUCACCAGCUGGUGGCGAGUCUCUCUCAACCAAAGAGUGGAAUGCCAGAGAAUAGCUCUGUCGUUGCAAUCCUACCAGUGACCCUGAACACCCCUGCAAAUCGCAAAGCGAUGCCAAAUGCUGACUUUGCUCAGUGGACACCUCUGGACGAGUUGGCCAGUCGGCUUGUCAGCUGGAGCGCUGGCGAGGAUAGACCCCCUCCCUCCACCAAUCUCCUGCAGGUGGUCACAGUGGACGGGGUUACCACCUACACCCCCGUCAACUGAUUGACUACUGGACUAUAGAUGUACUAAGAGUAUAAUUAUAUACAUACUGCUAUAAACUUGUCUAGCUCUGUUCUCAUACUGAUACAUGCAGUGUACAUACAUACAUUUAUCUGUCCCUAUUAUAUAAUUAUAUACCGAGUAUUGAAACUCACUUUUUGUUUAAAAAAUCAUUGCACAUUUGUCAA